AUGAAAUUGCAGAAACAAGUAGACCGUUUGCUUUAUCCACCAUAUCGGUAUUAUUUUGGCUUGGCAUCGCUGCCUUUUUCGACGGUAGCAUUUGCUUUUACGGCGCUGCUUGCAUAUCUACUUUAUCAGGAAAUUCGCGCUCGUCGUGUCAGUCGCAAGUGUUAUGUGCUUAUUCUCAACCGGGCUGUAGGGGAUAUUUCAUGCUCCUCGUGCUUCAUCCUCUGUUCAUUUUAUCUGCUUUCUGUUGAUGCAGAAACAUUUGAGUAA